CUCACGAGAAGUGUGAAUGGUUCGUAUCGGUUGGUAGACUACACCAUUCUGUUAGUUGUUCUUUCGGCUCAAUGGAUCGUAUUGUUGCUUGUUAGCUGCUCUGGGUACAUUAAGAUGACAAGCCAUUAAAAUAAAUCAAGUUUAGGCUGACAGCUGUGAGAAUAUUCAUACCCUAACUCUCCUCACGCAGACUUGAAACAAUACUUUUGAUUUGGAGGUUGAGAGGUCCUAGUCUAUUCUAGUUUUGGUUGGGGAGGAAUGGAAAAUGUUCACAAUGCUAUAGCAUGGUACCAGAAAAAGAUUGGAUCCUAUGACAAACAGCUUUGGGAGCAGUCAGUUGAAAAAAAGUUACAGAAGCAACCACCUUUUGUGUUGCAUAAUGCCCCAAGAAAGAAGGUUCGAUUAAAGACAGAAUACAUUGAUGUUGAUCUUAUUCGAGGCUCAACAUUUGCCAAAGCCAAGCCACAGGUGCCAUGGGUGUACAUCACAAGGAAGGCUGUGGCUCGGGUCAUGUUUUUCCCAUUCUACUACAACUGGUGGGUCCACCAGACAUCCAAGCAGCUGUAUGCCAUUCUGUUGGUGCUGUACGUCUUUCAGGUUGUCACGAUCAUUGUUUACCUUAGAAACUUUGACCACAGCAUUAUGGAAGAUGUAGGUAUCGCUGAGGAGCUUUCAUUCACUGAGGUCAUCCUGCCAACUAUCCUAAUGUUCCUGCUGUGUCUGAUCCACUCCCAAACAGUCUUGGCCCACAUCAGUCAUAAACCCCCAAAGAGAACAAAAACAAUUUCAGGGGUAACAAGGAAAGCUCGCCCUAAGAAAGUCUCUCGCAAAGGUCGCACAUCAGGCAACAACAGCACCUGCCCGGAAGAUGGAGGCAACACAGACACAUCCAAGUCUUCUAAGAGCAGAAACCCAGGCUCGUCUGAGAAUCAAGCGGCUCCCUCUGGCAGUGCUAAACCAGACAGUGAGAAAGUUGACGAGCCUGCACCCUGUCCGCUGGACAUGGAGAAAAACUUAAUGUCAAGGGCAGUCAGUGAUUAUGAUCUGAAACCUGUGACCAGUUCCACUAAAAAUGUCACACCGCCCCGCCAUGACCAGCCUAGACAGACAGACAGGCACCUCAGCUUUAAUGACUACAGAAUUACUCCAUCAGAGUCUGCGUCGUCACGCAGUGGUGCGUGGGGGCACGGUCGGCCUGACCCAACACACGCUGUGCACAAGACAAAGUGUAGCCACAACUUGUUAGCCAGCAUGCCCAAUGUUUUAACAGUGGAGAAGGUCUGCCGGGAUAUAGGCGUCCAGAGCGACAAUGACACAGAGGAUGGGGACAACGAUGUGGGGGUCAAGUUUAAAAAGUCUGACCAGCGGUUGGGCAGGGAUAGCUCUAGUCACAGGGAUUGUGGUGUCCAGUUUAACACGCCGAGUCACGUGACACACACAAACUCUGCUCCGGUUGGCUGUGUAUGUCACACACCUGCCGCUCAUGUCAGUUUUGCAUCCUGCACAAACACUACUGCACAGGGUUUAGUCAGUCAUAAAGUUCACAAAAAUUCUUCUUCACCUGGUCCAGUCACCUGUGCAUGUAACACACAUCCUACUAUUCAAGUCAGCCAUGCACGUCACGUCAACUCUACUUCACCUGGUCCAGUUUGCUCUGUGGGUCACCCGGCUGCAGUGGAUCAAGUUAGUCCUGUGUCUCACACAAGCUCUACUGUACGUGGUGGGGCUUGUGCUGACAACUAUGAGGAUUGUGAUUGUUUAGAUGUGAUGAAAUCAUGUUCAAGUAAUGAAAGGCUGCAAGAGGAGAGGCCUGAUUCACAUUCAGGAAGUUCAUCUUUAAAAUCAGCAACACAGUGUCAUGAAAGUAGCUGCAGUCUAUGUUUCAAUGACGGGUUUGUUCAGUGCUCUGUUGAGCCUUCAGACAGUCUUCACGAGAGAGGGUGUGGUUCUUUAGAUAAGAGCCCUGACCGUGACCUUGGUUUAGAUAAGACACUGUCCAGCAGCCCUGAGAGGGUUGGCCCAGCUACAGGUGCUGAGGUGGAUCUCUCUCCCCUGCUGUCUAAACACACUGAACUGCUGGUGUCCAAUUCCUCCAGUGGUGUGGCAGAUGUAGGGGCCACCUCGUCAGACCUUGCGGUAAAAAAAUGCCAGCACUGCCAUGACACUGACAGAGACCUGUGUUACCAGAACCUUCACCCCUGCACCGCUGUUGACUCCAAGCUAGCGGCAAGGUCAAGGUCUGCUCACGCCAUCUGUGUGUCAAAUAGACCCUCGUCUUGCUGUUCCAGACAGAACGGGUUCAAACAGCCAAGCUUUAAACCCAACCAUGUCAAGUUCUUCAAGCAGGACUGUGAGCCACCUUAUUCCCGCAGCUGCCCUGAUGUGUCCUCUAGGCCCCCAACCUGCUUGGAACAAGCUCCCCAACCAGCUCAGCAAGAACCAAAGAAAACACUCUCCGAGACCUCAUCGCAGCUGCAGUGCUUCUCCGAUGAGAUUGUCCAGGAAAUACUCAACCAGGAGACACUAAGAGAAAUGAGCUGUAGCUCCCUUCUGCAGCACUCAGAUUUGGAGAAUUCCUCAUCCUCUUUCAGUCAUCUCUCAAACUCGUCCUCUUCCAUAUCGUCACUGUCAUCAUCCUACAGAAUUGACCGCCAGCCUGUGUCAUCUCCGUCCUCUCUCGCCCACUGCCUGCAGUGCUGUCCCCACCACCAUAUGCUAGAAACUCAGUCAGGACAUAGCUUUACCGACCCCCAUAUGUCCACCAGUAGACUGGACAACCUCCUUGAUGAGAGCCUGGAGCAGAUCAACAUGUCUGAUGGGGAGAGGCCAUCAGAUGUGUCCAACUACAACCCAUCUGACUCGGAUGCUGAAUCUGAUGCUCCCAUAGACACAGAUGCCCUAGGCAAACUUGAGGAGAAAUGGAAAAGACUUAGAUUUCAGGAACAAGAUGUUGCCAAUGAAACAGAACUGAUAGAUCCAGCAGUUAUUCCCCCUUCGUUGCUGUCCAAAACGGGCGUGGCACCAACAAAAGGUGCUGCAAGUCCCAGAUCUGUUGUGGGUAUUUUAACAAGAAAACCCUCUCCCCUCAAGGACCUGGCUAUUGGAAGAGUGGCCAACAAUUCUUCAGGAAGUGAAGCAGAGGUGAAUGAUUCCCGUAACCAGCUCCGCAGGAGGCGACGGGCAUCAGGCACUACUGGUGAGAGUAGUGAAAGCAGAGGUCGAAAUGUUCCCAAUUCAUUAGGGCUCCAUGCGAGUGAUGGCAAACAUGUGAGCUCCUCAGAGAAUGAGGCAGGGGCCCACACACCUGAAGGCUCUAACAAGGCCACCAUGAGCUCAGAAGAAUGGGAGGAUCACAUGCAGUCAGAUGAGACGACCUCCUCCGCCUACUCCAGCAGUUGUGGUGGCAACAGUGACUCUGGGGAGGAGGAGGAGAAGACAGACUACACCACCAGCACCCUGCAUGUCAUCAACCUCUUACAGCCGGGUUUGCAGCCUGGCUGCCUGCCUCAGUCAACCCAGACAGCCAAUGGAUUGUUACCCCCAGGUUGUACGACCAAUGCGAGCAUCCUUUAUCGCAAAAUACAACAAAGUGGAUCACCAACCAGCUCUGGAACUAUUACCCAGCCAGAUAAAGUUUCCUGCGUCAUCUGGGAGGGCAAUGACUGCAAGAAAGUGGACCUGACAGCAUUGGACAUUGGCUGGGCUAUCAUAGACAAGGUGGAUAGUCUUCCAGAGUCCUCAGAUUAUUUUCUCAUUGGGCUUUUGUUUUCUGUACUGAUGGGCUUGGUACCUCUUGUGUUCAGAAUUUUUGUAAACAAGGAGACAGCCCGCUGGGAGGACUUUGUCACUUGGUCUGGGUUAUUAGCUCAGCUCUCAGAGAUCCCAGCAUUAAUUUGCAACACUUAUUCCUGGAGGCAAUACCUUCUUAUGAUUAACGGCAUCCUACAAAGAUUUUUCCUGAGUCUGAUCUUUUUCUUCUUGUUGUCAGUUGCUGACCGCACCUUUAAACAGCGCCUUUUGUAUGCCAAGCACUUUAGUUACUUAACUUCAUCCAGAAGAGCUCGCAAGUUUUCCAUGCCCCAUUUCAGACUAAACAAAGUGCGCAAUAUCAAGAUCUGGCUCUCCCUGAGGUCUUAUCUCAAGCGUCGAGGUCCUCAGAGAUCUGUGGAUGUCAUCGUGUCUGCCUGUUUUUUAUGUGCCAUUUGUACAGUCUGUCUCAUAUCUUUACAGAUGUUGAAAGAAACAGAGAGCUACCUCUACUACUUGUGUAACUGGGAACUGAUGGUAUGGUGCAUUGCCCUGGGUGUGUUCCUCAUGCGCUUCAUGACAGUGGGCCUGAAGAUCAACAAGAAGUAUCGCAACCUAUCAGUGCUGAUCACAGAGCAGAUCAACCUGUACCUGCAGAUGGAGCAGAAGCCUCACAAGAAGGAGGAGCUGAUACUGGCCAACAAUGUGCUGAGGCUGGCUGAGGAUUUACUCAAGGAACUUGAGAGCCCGUUCAAGAUUUCUGGUUUCUCUGCCAAUCCUCUGAUCUACAACAUCAUGAGAGUGGUAGUGCUGUCAGCCUUCUCUGCUGUGCUGACUGAAGUCUUGGGAUUCAAGCUGAAGCUUCACAAGAUCAAGCUUAAAGGCUGAUUGCCUUGGAGGGGGACACUUCUCUCCAUCUUAGCCAUCUUGCCACAGGAAACAGGCAUCAGUUGAACUGAGACAUUGAACAGGUGUUAAUUGUGUGCAGUGGACCGCAAAGCAGGUGUCACCUGGAUACAAGGGGACAGCAGGUGUUGGGUUGGUGCUACCUGUAUGAAGGCAUAAACUAGCUGUUUGUGUUGACUAUAGGGCAGUCUCUGUCUGAUGGUGUAGCCAAACUAACUGCUAAGCAGUAGAAUAUUGGUAUAAAACUGUAUACACAUUUUUUUUUGGACGUAGUUGUACUUGGUUCGACAACUUAUACUUAAAACGUGUUAAACUUUUCAGUUUAGAGAGGUUUUAAUUAUCGAUAUAAGAUCCGACAUAUAAAACCUCAAAGUAGAUAUCCACCCACCUGUUUUAGAGAUGGGGUAGGAAUCUGUUUUCUAACAUGAAUCCUCUAAAAAUAGAUUGCAAUAAUCGUGAGCUUCUAUAAACCAUAAAAAAUAUUCUUAAAAAGAAACAACAUGCAGUUCUAAUUUAAAAACAAAGAAUUCACAUAAAAAAGAAGCUUCACUGGGAGUUGAAAAAUACACAUAUUGAAAGAAUAUCUGAAAAUGGGUCACAAAUUCAGUACAUUUUCAUAGCACAUAUUGCUGCUACAAACUACAAAGGUUGAUUUAUUUAAAAUAAAAAUUUCCCUUUUGAAUAACUUAGAUUGAAUAUAAAGAUUUUGAUUAAAUUAAAAACACACUGCUGCCAACAGGUAUGUGUGAAUUGGUGUGAUCUUGCAAGGGUUAUAUUCUUAGUUUGUGUUGACUUAGAAUAUAUAGAUAGGAGACCCAUGUCACACAGAUGGCUAGCUGAACUGUUCAGUGGUAUUACAGUCAACUGGUCCUCUUUGGUAGGCUUGCUGAGCUACUGUCUUUUAAGCGAUCAAUAUUUUCAAUAAAUAAAUGGAAGGCUCAUUUCUUUUUCAUAACCUGUAUUUAUUGUGGUAUUUUUUUUAUUUCAGAAAACAGUUGCGAUUUUAACACAUUUAAAAAAAAAAUUUGGAACCAA